CAAUAACGGGUUUUACAAGAUAAACCAAGGGAGAUAGAUGUUUCUGAGGAUUUGAGAAUUUACCUGUUGAGCAAUAUCACAACUCCUCCGAACUCACAAGAAGACAAAAACAAGGAAAGAGAGAGACGCGUUCCAUCAGAUCUGGCAGGUCUCACUGUGACAUAUUAUAGAGAGAUAGACAGACGCACAGACAUACAAGACUGGAACAAAUAUGCAGAAGCUGCCAGUGUUUCUUGCGCUUUUUUUGUCCCUGAGAUGUGAUUCUGCAACCCCAGACCUGACACCAAAAAACCAAGAUAACAUCAGGGUCUGUAUGGAUUCCUGUUACCCCCACGACUGCUCGGAUGUGUACAGAACACAGGGACUGACAACGGAUGGGGUGUACCUGAUAUACCCCUCUGGAACUAACUCUCCUGCAGUACCUGUCUACUGUGACAUGACUAGCCCAGGAGGACCAUGGACUGUAUUUCAAAAGCGAUUUAAUGGUUCAGUAAACUUUUACCGUGGUUGGGAAGAAUAUAAAUCUGGAUUUGGACUUGCAGACGGGGAGUACUGGCUGGGAUUGCAGAAUAUUCAUCGUCUUCUGCAGAAAAAGUCCUAUUAUCUGAGAAUUGACAUGGAAGAUUUUGAGAAUGAGAAAAGAUUUGUUACAUAUGGUACAUUCUACAUCUCACCUCUUGCAAUAUCUCCUGAGGAGGAUGGGUACAGACUGCAUAUCAGCGGAUUCAAGGAAGGCGAUGAAUUAAAACCGACAGGAAAUGGUCUAGCAACACAAAACGGUAUGAAAUUCUCCACUUACGACCGAGAUGGAGAUAUAUAUCAUGCAAACUGUGCUUUGAUCUUUAAGGGGGCAUCUUGGUACAGCAACUGCCACAGCGCAAACUUGAAUGGUAAAUAUCUGAAAGGUGAAACCACGGAGUAUGCAACUGGCAUGACGUGGUCUCCCUGGAAAGGACAAUACUACUCCCUAAAGACAUGUGAGAUGAAGAUAGCGCCAGCCGAGUAACCCUCACAUCACCAUCCUGAGUGUGCGCUGAUAUUA